AUGCACUGUGACCUCUUGGCCUUCCAAUGUGCCCUGUUGACGUCAGUCCCAGCCUUCAAGAGCGACAGCCUGGAAGAACUCAACCUCGAACAUAAUAAAAUCACGAAUGUGGAGUUCGACAAAUGGGCAACUCCAAACUUGAGGAUCCUCAAGCUUUGGAGCAUUUCCUUGACAUCAGUGCCAGCCUUCAAGAGCGACAGCCUAGAAGAACUAGACCUCUCUGGGAAUAAAAUCACGAAUGUGGAGUUAGACAAAUGGGCAACUCCCAAAUUGAGGAUCCUCAAUCUCUCCUGGAAUUCCUUGAUGUCAGUCCCAGCCUUCAAGAGCGACAGCCUGGAAGAAUUCUACCUCGAUAAAAAUAAAAUCACGAAUGUGGAGUUCGACAAAUGGGCAACUCCCAAAUUGAGGAUCCUCAAGCUCGACGAGAAUUCCUUGACGUCAGUACCAGCCUUCAAGAGCGACAGCCUGGAAGAACUCGACCUCGGUGGGAAUAAAAUCACGAAUGUGGAGUUCGACAAAUUGGCAACUCUCAAAUUGAAGAUCCUCAAGCUCUAUAGCAAUUCCUUGACGACAGUACCAGCCUUCAAGAGCGACAGCCUGGAAGAAUUCUACGUCGAUAAAAAUAAAAUCACGAAUGUGGAGUUCGACAAAUGGGCAACUCCCAAAUUGAGGAUCCUCAAGCUCGACGAGAAUUCCUUGAGGUCAGUACCAGCCUUCAAGAGCGGCAGCCUGGAAGAAUUCUACCUCGAUAAAAAUAAAAUCACGAAUGUGGAGUUCGACAAAUGGGCAACUCCCAAAUUGAGGAUCCUCAGGCUCCACAGCAAUUCCUUGACGUCAGUCCCACCCUUCAAGAGCGACAACCUGGAAGAACUCGACCUACGUAUGAAUAAAAUCACGAAUGUGGAGUUCGACAAAUGGGCAACUCCCAAAUUGAGGGAACUCAAGCUCUCGAACAAUGAGCUGACCUCAAUACCAUCUUUCAAGUGCGACAGUGUGUAUGUCGGAUUUCCUGCUUCCAAGUCAACGGAAAACAACAUUUGUGGUCGAAGGGGAAACCUGGUUCCAUCCGCUCAGCGAUUGAUUCGCGGAGGAAAGGAAGCAGCACCUGGGUCGUGGCCCUGGCAAGCUGCAAUCUAUCAUGUGAAUAUUGGAGAUAUCAUUUGUGGAGGAGCGUUGAUUGGAAUGCGUUGGGUUCUCACUGCAGCACAUUGCGUCGUGGGCCACGACGUGGACAAUUUCUUCGUCUAUCUCGGCAAGCACUAUAGAAAUGUGUCCCAGGACGAUGAAUUCGUGCAAAAGAUGAAGGCGACUCAGAUAUUCGUGCAUGACAAAUACACUGGCUGGGAGUCGGACAUCGCCUUGAUGAAACUCCACGAUUCGGCUAAUCUAAAUGAAUGGGUUCAAUUGAUCUGUCUUCCGUUCAAUGAUGACAUCUCUGAUGACAUUUUAGAUGGGGUUGAAGAUAGAUUUUGCGGUCCUCAUCCAGGAAAGGUGGCCGGCUGGGGAAGAGACGCCUCGGACCUAGUAACAGAUGUCUUGACUGAGGUGCAACUGACAGUCAUACCAAAGAGUGAAUGCCGAUAUAAAAUCUACGAAAUCACAAAGAACCACCCUGCUUCCAUCUCCAGAAGCACGUUUUGUGCAGGAGAACGCAACUAUUCUUCCUCGAUCGUGAAUGACAAUGCGAAAGAAUACAAGACGGUGUGUGGAGGAGAUUCAGGGAGUCCCAUAGUCUUCGCCUCUCAUAGUCUUCUGAAAAGUCAGUGGGUGGUCGAAGGACUCGUCAGUCAUAUAUAUGCAAAGUCGGGGCAGAAUUGCUCCAAUUAUGAACCUGGCCAGUACGGUGUAUUCACGAAAGUCAACAAGUUUGUUGACUGGAUCGAGGAGACCAUGUCGAUGAACUCAUGA